UAUAAAGGGGUUGCUUACAAUGAGAAACUUCACUUCAAGCAGCAAGAUGAAGGGGUUACUGGUUCUAGCGGCUCUUUUUGUGGCCGUAUUUGGCAAAGUGACUUUUGAGGGAGACCAGGUUCUUCGGAUCACUGCAAAAAAUGCAGAGCAGAUUUCUCUCCUGAAGGAACUCCCUGAACAGACACUCGGGCUGGACUUCUGGAUGGAGCCCGUUCAUGAGUCCCUGCCUGUGGAUGUUCGUGUCCCCUUUCACAGCCUCCAGGCUGUCAGGGCGUUCCUGGCAUACAAUCAGAUCCAGUAUAAUGUCAUGAUUGAAGAUGUUCAGGAUUUGCUGGAUGAUGAGGAACGCGAGAUGGUGAAAUUUCGCACCUUUCCGAGAAGUACCGAUGAUUUUGUCUACACCACCUACCAUGACCUGGACUCUAUUUACUCUUUCAUGGACAUGCUUGUGGCAGAACACAGUAAUCUGGUCAGCAAAAUUGUGAUUGGUCAGAGCUAUGAGAGCCGUCCCUUGAACGUCCUGAAGUUCAGCACUGGAGCGAACCGUCCAGGUCUCUGGAUUGACACUGGUAUCCACUCCAGAGAAUGGGUCACCCAGGCCAGCGGAAUCUGGUUUGCCAAGAAGAUUGUGACUGACUACGGACGUGACCCCGUCCUCACCGACAUCCUGAACAACUAUGAUAUCUUCUUGGAGAUCGUCACCAACCCUGAUGGUUUCGCCUACACCCACAGCAGUAACCGCAUGUGGCGUAAAACCAGAAAGCCGAACCCUGGCUCCAGCUGUGUUGGAGUUGAUCCCAACAGAAACUGGGAAAGUGGCUUUGGUGGUCCUGGUGCCAGCAAUAACCCGUGCUCUGAGACCUACCAUGGACCCAGUGCUCAUUCUGAGCCAGAAGUCAAAGCCAUUGUGGACUUUGUGAAAUCUCACGGCAACCUCAAGGCCUUUUUGUCCAUUCACAGCUAUUCCCAGAUGCUCCUCUAUCCACACGGAUACACGGCGACUCCUGCCAAAGACCAGGCUGAACUGCAUGAACUCGCAAGAAAGGCCAUCACCGAACUUAAGUCUUUGUAUAACACUGCAUAUACAUUUGGCAGCAUAAUUACUACCAUCUACCAAGCUGAUGGAGUCACUACUGACUGGACUUAUGAUCAGGGCAUCAAGUACUCCUACACCUUUGAGCUGAGAGACACUGGUCGUUAUGGUUUCAUCCUGCCAGCCGAUCAGAUCGUCCCGACUGCUGAAGAGACCUGGCUGGCCCUGAUGGUCAUCAUGGAGCACACCAAGAAUAAUCCAUAUUAAACAUACAAGAAUAUUUUUGUGAUGAGUCAAAGUACAUAACUUUGUAAGUGCAUGAAGUAAGGGAUAAUGUACAGUCAGCUGGUCAUUAUGACAAAAAGAGGUUUAAUCAGAUUGUAGAUUAUUUAUCUUAUUAAAUUGGUUCUUGACAAAUUAAUAAAGCUAUAGACAUGAAAUGUUUUUAUUAUUGGAAGUGUAAUUCCUGAUUUUAACAAUUAGCAAUUGUUCCAAGUAAAACUUGACAUGAUGUCAAGAAUUAUCAUUUUAACUACUGAUAAAUGAAUUGUUGAGAUCAGAAAUUUAUAUCCUAGGAAUGAUUAAAAGUCAAAGCAGCUUG